AUGACAAAUUGGCAUUUGGCAAUAAACCAGCUCCAGCCUCGGAGUUUGGACUCUGGACUUUGGAGCUCCGACAUCCAAACCCCAACCCAGUCCCAUACCUUAUCGCAAUCCUCGGUCCCCACCACCUCCGCCGCCGCGCUCUCCCUCCUCACCUCCCUCGGCGGCAUCGUCGGCUACGCCCGCACAGGCUCCGUCCCCUCCAUCGCCGCCGGCCUCUCCGUCGGCGCCCUCUACCUCUACAGCUUCCUGCAGCUGCAGAACGGCCAGCCCUACGGCGCGGAGAUCGGUCUGUUGGCGUCCGCUGUGCUGGGUGGGAGUUCCGUGCCGCGUGCGAUUAAGAAGGGUAAGCCCGUGCCUGUGGGGCUGAGUUUGUUGGCGACGUAUGGGCUGGUGGUGUUUGGAUUGGCGUUCCGCGAGAAGAGGGCUGCGCGGGUUUAG